CAAACAUAUGACUGGUCUGCUAUGUUAAAAAAACAGAAAAAAGAGAGAAAAAUAAUGGACUUGAGCUUGGAUUUAAGCUUUGUUUAUGUACCAGCAAGCAUAUCUGAGUUUUUGAAAGAAGUUUCAAAUAUAAAAAAUGGGUUCCAAAGAUUAUUGAAGAUUAGUGAUUUUGUUAAAAGAUUGGAAGAUGAGAUGAAGAAAAUCGACGCAUUUAAACGCGAACUUCCCCUUUGCAUGCUUCUCUUGAAAGAUGGGAUUGAGAGGUUGAAGAAGGAAGAAAUGCAGUGCAAGGAAAUGGAUGAUGGAUCAGUGCAGAAAGAGUUGAUGCUUCCAUUGAAGGAAAAUACUGAGGAAAACGAAAGGGUAAAUGUGGAAAAAGAUUGCGGUGACAAGAAAAACUGGACGAGUUCUGUUCAACUCUGGAACUCUGAUUCCGACAACGUUGAUCACAGCAAGAAAUCAAAUGAAUUUCCAGAACUGAAACUGAGAAGUGAAGAAGAAGAAGAAGAAGAGAACCCAAUUGAACAUUGCAAUGACAAAAUAGUUAAGCAGCAAGUGGAUAAGGAAAAUUUAGGGCUUUCUCUCAUGUUCCCAAGUUCUGAAUUGGGUUCUUGUAAGUCAAUUUCUAAGAGCAAUGGCAGCCGUGGAAUUGGCUUUUGCCCUUCCUUGUAUUCAGAUCAAAACCAACUUGAGUUUCAGACCAAACAUCAACAACAGCAUGAAUUGCUGCAGCAUAUGCAGAAUUCUAGGAAACGAAGGCGGCGCUGGUCACCUGAGCUUCAUAGACGAUUUGUCGAAGCUCUUCAACAGCUUGGAGGUUCAAAAGUGGCAACUCCUAAACAGAUUAGAGAACUGAUGCAAGUUGAUGGCCUCACUAAUGAUGAAGUGAAAAGCCAUUUGCAGAAAUACAGACUUCAUUUCCGAAAGCUUCCGGCUUCUUCAGCUGGGCAAGGAAACAUGGGAGAGUCAACUCAAAAUCAGUGCAAUAAUAAACACAUGAAAGCAAACAUUUCACAGUUAGUUUCCCCACAGGGUCCCUUCCUUGCCGGUGCUCGAGCAAAAGGCAUGUCAAGUAUCACCAGAGGCGACAGCAUGGUCACCGAAGAAGAUGAAAAAUCAGAUGGCCGUAUUUGAUGUAUAGUCAGAUAAGUUGUUCCAUGAAUUUUGCAAUAACAUGGGGAAACGGAUCAUAAUUACAGUGACUUAGAAAGAUUUUAAAGAGAUUUUUGCAGAUACCAAUUGGACUGUCUGUUUCUCCAUUGAUCAA